AUGGAUCAAAAGAUGAAUUCAGGCUCUAUUCAGAAACUAAUGGAAGAGACACAGAUUUUUGGGAGCAAAUCAACACAAAAUUUUAAAUUAGCUGGAGGCUGUGAACCAGGUGGUCAUCCAUGUAAUUCAAUUUUGCCAGCUCAAAGCUUCUACCCAUAUUCAUCUCAUUAUCCAUGUAUGCUUACAAAUUACAGCAGUGAUUGGGAAAUUUUUGAAGCAGUAAAAAUUCGAGAACUGGAAGAAGUCAAAGCCAGAGCUGCCCAAAUGGAGAAGACCAUGCGUUGGUGGUCAGAUUGUACUGCUAACUGGAGGGAGAAAUGGAGUAAAGUUAGAGGAGAGAGAAAUAAAGCCCGAGAGGAAGCAAGGCAAUUGAGACUCAAAUUAGACAGUGUUUUAAAAGAAAUGAGUAUGCUUAAAAAAAUAAAUCAAAAUUUGGUAAAUGAGAAGGAAAACUUGAGAAAUGAAACUGCUUGGAGAAGAGAAUUCAGUUGCUCAGAAAUACCUAAUAUUAAAAAAGACCUAAAUCAGUUAACAUUUCUGGAACAAGAACCUGUGAAAGAUCUGAGCAAAACCAACAAGAUUCUUGGGGCAGAAGACACAAAGAAGGAUGUAGAGGUAAUCAAAGACCAAAUCAGUCAAAAUAAGCAAACCACUCCAAAGCCUCCCGAUUCUUUUCCCAAAGGAGUUUCCAGCACCUAUCUGGAGAAACCUAAAAAAAGUUUGGACAGCACAGCAAAGACAACAGAGAAUGAUUUAAUACAUGUUUCAGUCUUGCAUUUGCAUUUGGCUGACAUGCAGAAAAUCUUACAGAAGGAAAGAGA